AUGAAGUUCGAGUUCAUACCCACGGGAGAAAUCUCGUUUGUGAUUUGCAUGGAUGUUCCUGUAGAGGCGUCUGACCUGCAGUGCUGCGAGGGCCUCUACUGUCUCGAUCAUAUCCUCAAGGAGGUUCAAAUCCGCAAACGUUGCCCACAGUGUCGCGUUAGUAUAUGUCCAAAUGAUAUAGCUCCGGCAUACUCAGCCAGGCGAAGGAUUAACAAUCUACGAGCCAGAUGUGUGGCAUGCGGUGAAGAGGAUACCUGGAAUGUGCUGACGCGAACACACCAGACAUGCGCCCCAAACAUAAUGACAUUGAAGCCCGAAACACGCCGCGUUUUGUAUCCUUACAACGGCAUAGAACCGGGCAGCGAAGUGCAUGUGUGCGGACUCUCUGAGAAGUGGGCUAUGUGUCUGAAACAACCGGACAAGACGAUGUACACCAUUCCCAGACAGUUUGUAUCCGACCCCAAAGUCUCGUCUGUCCCUGACCAACCCGACAGCACUGAUGCGUGUGAGUUUUGA